GUUGGAUCAGAUUAGAGCUUUUUGAGGUUAAAGCAAGAAAACAAAACACCCCAAAAUCUCGUCCGCUUCACAAAUUGUUUUUUCUCAGUCCACUUCUAUUCAACAAACAGCCCAAAAAACACUAAACAGUUGCAGAAGAAUCUAAGACAGAGUACUCGAAUUUCUUUCUUUCAGUGUCUGUUUUUGUGUCAAAUCCAUUACCACACUUUGCCUUCACUAAAACGGUCCUCAUUACAUUUCCUAUAAAAAAAAGAUGGCAUUGAGCUACUAUCCUUCAUCAGCAACAACAACAAAUUUGGGAGAGCUCGAGCAGUUGAACUCUGUUUUUCAUCAUCAUGAUGAUCCAGUGUUGCUAGAGUAUUUACCUGACAUUCUCGGAUUAAGCAAUGAUAAUUACUACCAGAAUUCGUUGAUUAAUUUCCCGGAUUCUUCAUCUUCUUCAUCUUCUUCUUACAAUAAUUUUAUUGAUCCUUUCUUUGUUCCUGAGUCUCAUGAGUACUCAAUUUCUAACUAUGAGAAUGAUCUUAGCAAUACUACCCUUUAUUCCAUUUCCCCUGAAAAUGAAUUCCAACAGUUUCCCACAGCAAAACGCCAAAAGGGCUGCGAUGGAGAUUACCUUAACAGCAUCUGGUCAUGCGAGAAUGACAAUGGAGGAGUUUUGCCGAGUUUAUGCAGCGGUAACGGUGUUAUCGGGUUUGACCCGAAUCCUCCUCAUCCUCUACUUUCGCCCGAGAUUUUUCCUCCGUUUGGGUUCACCGGUGAUAAUUAUCCCCCGGUGUUCAGCAUCGGAAGUGGUGGUGGAAGCGACAAGGGCUGCGGCUACGGCGGGAGUGGAAGUAGUAUUAGUAGUGGUAGCAAGAAGCUGUCUACUCAGAGUGUGGCGGCGAGGCAGAGGAGGAGGAAGAUUACAGAGAAGACUCAAGAGCUCGGGAAGCUAAUUCCCGGUGGUCAGAAGAUGAACACUGCUGAAAUGUUUCAAGCUGCUUAUAAGUACAUCAAGUUCUUGCAAGCUCAAGUUGGAGUUCUUGAAUCCUUUGCUUCUGUUGAUGAUCAUCAGGAAAAUGGGGAGACAUUAUUUCAGUGUCAAGAACUUGAUUCACUUCUCGGGUCUUCUAUAAUUCAAGAGAAAUUGUACUCAAUGGAGAAGUGUUUGGUGCCAGCAAAUUUUGUUCAAUCUAUUGUUGACGACAAUCGGAUUAUUCAACCCAACAGUUGUGAUCUGAAGGACUUCAAAGAACUGAUUGGAGGUGGCUAA